AAGGAGUUCAUGAAUUACAAGAGGUGCUGCAAAAUAAAUUUAUUAAAAAAUACAUUCAACCCUGAUUUCCCUACAUGUGCGAUGUUUUACACGCGAUGAAUACGAUUACUUGAAAAAAUUUCAUUCGUAUACAUUUAAGAUAAAUCUAAUUUAACUGUAUCAGUUAAGUAUCUACUGCUAGCUACUAAUCAUAAUCACUACUUUUGAACUGCAAAUUUGUUUUACUAAGCUUCAAAUAUACAUUGAUAUUGUUCAUGCAGUUCUAUGUAGAUAUGAUAGACAAAACCAAAAGUUGUCGUAUGUUAGUGUAUUGCUUAAUAUUAAGGUGAAUGCAUAUACGUAUCAAGAUGGCAAUGGGAAGUAUUAUUUGUGGAGCAAGCACUCCUAAAAUGAAGAGAAAAAAGGCAAAGGUAACUGAACGCAGUUGGAUAGAGGCAACUUUUCAAAAAAGAGAAUGCUCAAAAUUUAUUCCAAGUGCUGACGAUGAACACAAGUUUAUGCAAGUAAAAGGAGAUAAGAAUGCAGAGUAUGAUGUGAUCACCACUUCCAGAUGUUGUUGUGGAUAUUCUUAUACUCAUCACUGCAGAGCUGGUAUAGAUGUUCAAAGUUACACUCCUAGUAAUACCAAAGAAGAAGAUCGAGAACAAUGGUCUCCUGGAAAAAAUACACGUCCAUUCCCUACUGAUGCAUAUGGUACCAUUGAAUUUCAAGGUGGACCUCAUCCAACUAAAGCUCAAUAUGUGAGACUUGCUUAUGACACAAGGCCAGAACCAAUAGUACAAUUGUUGUGUCGAGAAUGGAAUCUGGGAUUACCUAAGCUACUAAUAACUGUGCAUGGUGGUCGAUCUAAUUUCGAACUGCAGCCAACUUUGAAGAAAGUUCUAAGGAAAGGUUUGCUGAAGGCUGCAAAGACAACUGGUGCAUGGAUAUUCACAGGUGGAACUAAUACAGGUGUAACAAGACAAGUAGGAGAUGCCCUGCUAUUAGAAAGAUCUCAAAGACAAGGUCGGGUUGUAAGUAUUGGCAUAGCACCAUGGGGAAUUUUAGACAAAAGUCAUGAACUUGUAGGCCGUGGAGGUGAAGUACCUUAUGAAUGUCUUUCAUCUCCGUGGUCUAAAUAUGCAGUUUUAAACAAUCGUCAUGCAUAUUUUUUAUUGGUGGAUAACGGUACCGGUGGUCGAUAUGGUGCAGAAAUUGUGUUGCGUAGAAGAUUGGAAAAAUAUAUUUCUAAUCUGAAAUUACAGCCAUACACACACAGCAGUAUUCCUGUCGUGGCAUUGGUAAUUGAAGGAGGAACAAAUACGAUUCGAUCAGUUUUAGAGUAUGUUACAGACGUUCCUCCUGUUCCUGUAGUAGUCUGCGAUGGAUCAGGUCGUGCAGCUGAUCUCAUCGCUUUUAUGCAUAAAUACGCGUCUGAAGGAGAUGGAGAGAAUGGAGAGAAUGAGGGACCAUUAGAAAGUAUGAGAGGACAUCUUUUAGAUACUAUCAAACGCACUUUCAAAGUAUCCUCUGAACAGGCAUCACAACUGUACUCUGAACUUUUGCAAUGUACCCGUAAGAAACAUUUGAUAACAGUAUUUAGAAUAAGUCAAGAGCGGCCACAGGAACUUGACCAAACGAUUCUGACAGCUCUGUUCAAGUCCAAGCAAUUAUCCCCUGCUGAGCAGCUAUCGUUAUCUUUAAUUUGGAAUAGAGUGGAUAUAGCGCGUUGUGAAAUAUUUGUGUAUGGUCAAAAUUGGCCACCAGGUGCUCUGGAACAGGCAAUGAUGCAAGCUUUGCAACACGAUCGAAUUGACUUCGUGAAACUUCUCUUAGAAAAUGGAGUCUCUAUGCGUAAAUUCUUGUCUAUACCUCGCCUUGAGGAAUUGUACAAUACCAAAGAAGGCCCUUCGAACACACUGGGCUACAUUCUCCGCGAUGUUCGACCAAAUAUUCCACGGGGUUACAUGUACACACUGCACGAUAUCGGCCUCGUAAUAAAUAAAUUAAUGGGUGGCGCAUAUCGGUCGCAGUACACACGUAGAAGAUUCCGUAUGAUCUAUACCAAAGUGAUGAAGAGAUCUGGGGCACAUCCUCAACAUAUGCAUCGAAAUAGCUGCGUCCUGGGCAGCACUAGUCGUUAUUAUUCGGGAUCUGGUAGUAAACAGGAUAGCUUAACAAUGAGUUUGCUUGCUGAAACUUUACCAGCUAAUCGAGACACGCCGCUUUUUGACUAUCCUUUCAAUGAGUUGCUUAUAUGGGCUGUGUUAACUAAACGACAGCAAAUGGCACUAUUAAUGUGGCAACAUGGGGAAGAAGCUUUAGCAAAAGCACUCGUUGCUCUUAAAUUGUAUAAGGCUAUGGCACACGAAGCUGCUGAGGAUGAUCUUGAAACGGAAGUUUAUGACGAAUUGCGGAGUUAUGGGAAAGAAUUUGAAAAUAUUGCUUUGGAAUUGUUAGAUUAUUGUUAUCGUCAAGAUGACGAUCAAACGAAACAGCUAUUGACUUCUGAACUUCAGAAUUGGUCUGGUCAAACAUGUCUUUCAUUGGCAGUCACAGCCAAUCAUAGACCACUUUUAGCACACCCUUGCAGCCAAAUUAUUUUAGCUGAUUUAUGGAUGGGAGGUCUUCGUACGAGAAAGAAUACGAAUUUAAAGGUCGUACUUGGGUUAGUUUGUCCAUUUUAUAUAAUGUGUUUGGAAUUUAAAAGUCGCGAGGAAUUGCAGCUGAUGCCACAAACUCAGGAAGAACAUUUGAUCUCUCUCGAAGAUGAGAAAGAAGAUAGUGAUUCAGAGCAUGGUAUACCAACAGGUCCAGAUGUUGAGAAACGUCAGCGCAGGAGCCUGAGCGUACGCAACAAAUCCAGCAGCCAACAAGGCGCUAAGUUAUCAUCAAGGAAAACUUCUAUUUAUUCAGUAUCGGAAUCCGUACCGGCUUUAAUUAGCAAUGAACACACUACUGUCAUCAAGGAGACAAUUGUACAAGAGAAUGGUAAAGUACUGACAGAUAACGAUGAUGGAAUUCAUCGUACAUAUGGUAUAAACUCUGACUACUAUGACAUCAAGAACAGCAGGCCAUUGAGAUUGAGGAAAAAAUUGUAUGAAUUUUAUACAGCUCCCAUCACAAAAUUUUGGGCUAAUGCUAUAGCAUACAUUAUUUUCUUGGUUCUCUUCUCAUACUCCAUUCUCAUACGUAUGGAUGAUUAUCCAUCAUUAGCAGAGAUUUAUGCUAUUGCAUAUAUUUGUACAUUAGGAUGUGAAAAAGUACGAGAAAUAGCAACAUCUGAACCAGCUACUCUUUCACAUAAAUUUAGUGUUUGGGCAUGGAAUAUGUGGAAUCCUUGUGAUGCAGCUGCCAUUAUUUUUUUUCAAAUUGGUUUAGCUUUACGCUUAAGACACUCAACUCUCGAUAUUGGUCGUGUCAUCUAUUGCGUUGAUUCCAUUUAUUGGUACUUAAGGAUAUUGAAUAUUCUUGGCGUAAAUAAGUACUUUGGUCCUUUAGUUACAAUGAUGGGAAAAAUGGUGAAAAAUAUGACAUACUUUGUGGUACUUUUAAUAGUGGUAUUAAUGAGUUUUGGAGUCACUCGACAGGCAAUUUUGAACCCUAAUGCUGAACCGAAAUUGAGGAUUAUUCGUGAUAUAUUUAUGGAACCAUAUUUUAUGUUAUAUGGAGAGGUGUAUGCCGACAACAUAGAUCCAGAUUGCGGAGACGAACCGGGAAUGAUUCCAUGUUUACCAGGCCGGUGGAUUACACCUACUGUAAUGUCCAUUUAUCUUUUAGUUGCAAACAUAUUGUUAAUAAAUCUUUUGAUUGCUGUAUUCAAUAAUAUUUUCAAUGAAGUAAACGCGGUGGCGCACCAAGUUUGGAUGUUCCAACGUUUUACUGUUGUUAUGGAGUAUGAACAGAAACCUGUUUUACCUCCUCCACUCAUUGUAGUUUGUCAUAUAUAUCUGGUGGUGAAAUAUUUGCUGCGAUAUGUAACACAAGGGAAAGCAAACACUGGUGAAACCUACGACAAUGGACUGAAGUUGUUCUUAGAGGCAGAUGACAUGGAGCGCCUCUACGAUUUUGAAGAGGAUUGUGUUGAAGGAUAUUUCCGUGAGCAAGAGUUGAAACUGCAAAUGUCUACAGAGGAACGUGUUAAAAUUACCACGGAAAGAGUGGAGAAUAUGCAUUCGAAGAUCGAAGACAUUGACAAAAAAGAGAAUACUCAAAAUGCAUCUCUUCAAGCAGUGGAGUUUCGUAUGCGCAAAUUGGAAGAAUUGAAUGAACAGAUUUUGGCACACCUAGGAGUUAUCCACCGAUUCAUGGCUAUUCACAUGCCCAACAUGGAGGGCUUAUCUAGUUUUGAUAUAGACGGUCGCCAGCGUAGGGUAUCAGAACGCUCAGAAGUUCUGUCAGAAACAGAUUCUCAUACCCAACUACCAGCCAUUGCGAUUAAACGUAAGAGAUUGGUCCGAUCGAUGACCGAUGGCACUUUCCUUAACCUAGGCCCAUCAAUAGAUGAUGAUGUGCUGAAACAUUCAGAAACUGCUAUAUCCCGUGAGAACCUCAGUAGGAACGAGUCUUCUAUAAGUGGAGAUGGACACACUGUUCAAGAUGACAUAAAGACAAUCACAAGUCAGGAAACUGAAGCGAGCAAAGUAGUUGGUGAAGGAGAGAUCCUAAAGAAGGAUUCGCAUUCUGACAGCAGAGAGCUAAGCAGAGAGCUAAGCAGAGAGCCAAGCAGAGAACCAAGUGGAGAGCCAAGUAGCAAAGAACCAAGUACGGAACCAAGUAGACAAACGAGUAGAGAAUUAAGUAGGGAAACGAGCAGAGAAGCUACAAGCAAAGAACCGAGCAGGGAAGCCAGCAGCGAGGCGCCAGCUUCGGAACCUAUUCCUAGGCAAGAUUCUACAGAACGACCUAUUAGACAAAAUAGUAGAACACGUUCAGAGUCAGAUGAUGUAACGAUUUUUCCACCAUCUAACAUAUCAAGAGGAGUAACGUGGGCUGAGCCACGUGUUGCAGUCAUUCCAUCGUCUUCAACAAGUAGUACACAGAGGUCUAUUCUAUUAGCCAUGCAUGCCGAAUAUACGAGCAUAACGGAUGAGCUGGAGAGCUACUGUGGCCUUCUAAGUCCACCUCGAACACCGCCAAUUUCUCCACCACCUUCGAGAGCUAGAAACUUAUCCGAAAUGUCUAACCCUGAGAUGGCUUGGCAAAUUGAGAAUGAACAUCUACGUGAUGCUGAGGAGUGCGAUUAUCAACAGAUGGAAGAUUUAAUACAGAGGAGGUACAUCGCAGAUGACGAGGAGCCUUUGAAUACUGAUGAAGCUGCCCUCUUCAUAUCGAACGAACAUAGGCAUCAACUUCGAAGAGCUUCUGCCAUCGAUGAAGAGUCUCGAAGGCCACCACCUACAAUUUGCGUGACCAGGGAGAUCGAGCAAACGCUUUCAAGGCCACCGAUCCGGGAUUCAGAAAGCUCAGAUCCUAACGAUAAGAAUCUAAGUACGGUACCUGCUCCAGCGUCAGAGACCAUGUGCUAAAUAUCAGUGCACUCGCCUCGAGGUAAACUAACCUCAAUAUAUUUUAUAAAUCAUUUAGGAAUUGAGGUAAUCUAUCCUCAAUACACUUUCCAAAUUGAUCUGACUCAAUGAAACAAUGCAAGUCAAGGUUACAGUGAAAUAUGUAUUUUCAGUUGGUAUUAUUUUUCUAACUGUUUUAACUGAGAUAUAGAGAAUCAAAUGAAACGGUAUUUUUAAACAAAGAAUGUUUUAAAAUUGUAUACUUGAUAUUUUAUCGUAGCAGAUAAUUAUAACUAAAUGGAAUGCAUUCUUCUAAUUGUUUACUUAUAGUGCAAUGUAUUGUUGAGCUCAGAUCUGAAGAUCUUUUCUUAUAAUAUUUUAGCUGCAAUUUUUGUAACUUUUUUUCGCGUAAUUUUUUCUCAUAGUUUAAUCAUUUUUAGCCGUAAAGUACUUAGUAUAUUAUAUAUACAUAAUAAAUAUGCACAUGAAUACGUACAUAUAAAUAUUGAAGUUACUUAGCUCAUAUUUAUGCUUGCUCAUAUUAAAAUUAAUUCGAGUAUUCAAGUGCUACACAUUAGAAUUAGCAACUUUUUAUCUACUUUAAUCCAUUUGCUUUUUAAGUAACCAUUAAAUAUAUUAUAUACAAUUUUUUAAUCAUUUAUUCGUACAACACAUUUGUAUACUCGAAGAAAUCCAUGUAUUUGAUAUAUAUGUUUAUGGUCAUUUAUUUAACAAUCAAUUUUAUAAGGCUUUCAAUGCUAAUAAACAAUAGGAAUUACGAUUUGUAUGUACAUUUAAUCUAACUAGUUGUUGACAUGUUUCUUGCAAACAUACAACUAGCAGAAUUCAAUCAAUUACUAUAAUUAAAUUAUUCAACAAUUAAUGUUGAAUUAACCUUUUUGUGGAAUAAUAUUUUUGAUUUUGUAAAGAGUGCUAAAUGCAUAUAUGCAGUUGUUACUAUUAAUAAUAUUAAUUACGAUAUUUAUGUGCAUAAUAAUUUAUGACAUACUUAAAGAAUAUAUACAGUAAUUGAAUCAAUUUAUCACAACACACGGCAGUUACUUCGAGUAUUCGAGAAAGAUUAUUCCUGCAGAUAAUUAAUGUACUUUAAUAACGACGAUUUAGGUACUUGAACUUCGUUAAUAUUAAUAAUAAUUGAAAUAUUCAAACUAGAUAAUUAAAUAAUCAUGUAGUUUGAAUAUUUAGAUGUCAGAAUAUUUUUUAAAUAUUAACUUUCAAAUACGACACACGUUCGUAAUUGUACUAUUCGUUGUACACUUCUUUGAAUAUUCCAAUUGCAAUAGUAUUAACAUUUAUAACCCUCGAACAACGGAUGACUGGAUCACAUGUACCUUUUUUAGACUCUACUUGUGGCAUUAUUAUACACACAUUCUUAUAUUAAUACGAGCAUUUAUAAUUAUAUUUUUGUUUUUUAAUUUUGUUCGAAACUGUAAAAUCAUAAAAGUAUCAAAAAGUAAUGAAAAUCAUACCUUUUUUCCAUAACAAAAAUUAUGGUUAUUGCAUAUAAAACUAUUAAAAUUAAAUUAGGACUCUGUUGCACAAUAAUUUACCAGUUACUAAUAUUAGUGAAUUAACAAGUUACAGAUACAUGUAGUGUUCUCUUUUUUUCACAAUUUCUCAACAAAUAGAGCGAUCAGAUAGUUUUUAAUUUAUGUAAAAGAAUUGUCUAAUUCUAUAUUAGGGAGUUUAUUGAUAUUAGUAAAUCGUAACUUGUAAAACUUCACUAAUAAUAUCAGUUAGAUUGUGCAAGAAGUACCUGAUAAUGAAAAUUAGAAAAUCAAAUCUUGUCAUUGAAAAUACGUUUCUUCGUUUCGUUGAUGAGUCUUAGAUUCUACAAUCAUAGUUGAUUGAGGGUUAAAAUUCAUUAAAUUAAUUUCUUCUUGACGUAUAAAACGGUUCAAUAUAUAUAUGUGCCUACUUCAAUGGGACUUCUAACGACUUUUUUAAACAAGAAUAUGUUCCGUGGAAGGUUGCGUUGCCGCCAUUUCUGUAAAUCAGGUAUAAUGUACUAUACAAAUGUUAUUCAAGUUCCUUCCAUUUUCUAUGUCAUCUAUUUUUCAAUUUUUUAUGCGCACAUACACACAAUUCGUUUGUUAUUGCGUAUUAUAGUAAUAUGAAAGGAGUCGCUAUUGAAAACAUUAAUCUCCUCCCGUCCUUUAUCUUAGUCGAUGGAAUUAAUUUCGAUUUCUUCGGUUUUCUCGUUCUCCCGAAAGAAUUCUACUUCUAAGUAAAUACGAGAAACCCGUGUACACGAUGUUCUGAAAAAAGUGUCGUAUAAAAUACUUACUAGACUGAGGAUGUUUAUGCGAUUUUAGAUUUUUGUAAACAUAACUAAAGAAAGUGGAAUAUAAAUAGAAAUUUGUUUCAUGUACCAAAUAUUAUAAUAAAUACUCUACUUUGUACAUUUUAUGCGUUCUGUAGAUUUUGCAUUUUUACAUUUCUAAAAAAUGCAUAAGUAUCCGGAGUCUAAUAAUUACAAAUUACCAAUAUAAUGUAGAAGAGCGCAAUAGAAUUUUCAUUUUAAGUAAAGAAUAUUAUAUUUUUAUUUUUAAUACCAUGAAGAUAUAAAAAAUAUAUCUGAUGAACUUGUGCAUAACUAUGCAGUGACCUUUGAACAAUUUAAUGUCUCGAAAAGAUUAAAGUUGAAGAUCGAUAUAUUUGUAACUAAUUAUUUAUAAACCAUGUUUGUAAUUCAUACGACCAAUCGAUUAAAAAUCAUUGCAUGUGGACUUGUUUCACGCAAUACCAUUGGCAACGAAUAUAAAGUGACCUUGAGAAAUUAAAUCAAAUAGAUCUCUUUUAUUACAUUUCAUGGUAUUCUGAAAUAAAAGUAUAUUAUUCUAUUUGAACAACGUAAGAAAAACAAAAUGAUAAAAAACAAUUAUUUUAGACGACACUUAUUUUGAUACACUCUGUAUAUACACGUAAAUAUUAUACAUAUGUCGACAUAACGAAAUCAAACGUUAUUUUAACAACGAUAAACUGUAAAAAAAUCAAUAAUGCAGUUUCACCUAGUUUUCACAAUUAAUCUUUUUUUUUUCUUUUUUUCUUUAAGAGAAAACAUUUUGCAUUUUUUUACUAACAUUACUUUAGAAUAUCAUUAGUAUCAACGAGAAUAUCGUUAGAAUAAAGAAAGAAAGAAAAAAAUUAUCUGUUGUAAAUAUAUUGGGAUAGAAAAAAAUUCGAUGCCAAUUUGUGUUCAGGGAUUCAGUCAAAAAAUUAGGUGAAACUCGAUUAUCGAAAUUUUCGAAGUACAUACAUACAUACAUGUAUAGCGGUGCUGAUACGUUAUUUAAUGAACACCAGAAUCAACAUUUUUCAAGGUCGUGUGUGCAAGACCAGAAUGUAUAACUAAAACAUACACCGAAAGGGAUCGAAAACCGGCGUGUGCUUAAUCAAAUAUUAGAUACUUAUAAUUAGUAUAAAAAUACAUCGUAUACAGUACUGCCUUAUAACGAGUUAGUUGAAAUUAAAUCUGUCCAGUUAGCAAAGCAGAGUUUAUUCCAGGAAUUUUAUUCUUUGGGUAAGAGAAAUGGAUAGGAUGAUAUAAUAGCAUUCAAUAUUUAGAUUGGUUUCAGAGUUUGUAGAUAGUCUGUAUAAAAGUGAUAACGACAGUCAGUUACCAAGACGUACCACUUUGACCGGUUAAAAUGGCAGUACUGUAAGUUACAAAUCUAUAGAAAAAACUGUACUGGCUUUAGAUGCGAUUUCGUUUCGAUAAAUCACUAUCCGAGAUAUUAUUUCGGAUCCGAUAACGAGAUCGACUUUUAAUGUAAAUAAUUUCCUCAAAAUUUCCCCAAUCACAUGUAAAUGUGUAAUAUUCAGCUUUAUUAUCUUUUAGACACGUGCGAAUUGCAAAACUAAAGCAAGUCGAAUCGUUUAACUGUAGUGCUUAACAAAAAUAUUACAGUUACAUUUAGCUUAUUAUUGUAGAGGUGUUUUUUCCUUAAUUUUGGUGAUAGAAAUAACCCGAAGGAAGAAACUGAAGAAAUAAUCGGUGAAAUAAUUUAGAUGCAAAUUACAAUUAGGCACCGUGCUACGAAAAAUUAUCUUUUCGUAAAAACAAAGUUUGUUCGUAUGGAGCUCUCCUUAGUUUACCAAAUCUAGCUAACUACCGCUACUUUUAUUUAUGUUUAUAAAUAAUAUUAGUCAAGGUCUGAUAUAAUUAUAAACAAUGUAGUUAGUAUCUUUGACUAGUCUAUCGACUUAUCUAUUUUAAUUGUUUACGAAUUUCUAGAAGCGUCGCACUUCGUGUCGCAUAUAGAUUCUUGCUCGGCGUAUUAAAGAAGCGUGAACCGGUGAUAAUGUGUUAAUUAUUUGACACUAUAUGAAAAUAUUUUACAUAUAAAUUAUUUUCACUACAGAGGAGGAAACUCUAAGGUUCGGUAUAGAUGAACGGUUUGCGAGAACGUCAGCGGUGUGACACUCUGUUGCUGCGUUUUAGAAUAGCAUAGAUUUAUAUGAAGUAGUUUACACGGGAACGCAAAACGCGGCGGCAAAUGAACGCAAAAAUUGGACGCAUAAACGCAGUGGGAAAGUACCGCGGCGGUUACGCUAUCACAAAUCGCUCGUCUGCUUAAAUGGAAUGUUAUGCGGCUCGUACUGAUCUAUAUAUGUUCAUAAUUUUCGCGUAGCUGCGUAUAAUAAAUGUACUAUAAACGCGAGAUGUUAUCAAAUGAUUCGCACGUGUCUAUCAUCAUUACUGCCGAAAAGUUUUUAUGAAUUUUUUGAAUGUACAUUUAGGGCCUUAUCACGCACUACCUGCUGCGUCGAACACAAAAUUUACGGACCAUUUAAAACCAGGAAAAAGAAACAACAAAAGUAAAAAAAAAAGUAAUAUGAAUAAACAAAGCGAACCAUAUCACGCGGAUAAUUACGUUCCUAAGAACGAAAGCCAAUCCGUGUUAGUAUGUACGGUAUGCAAAUGAUAAGCGAAAACACGUUUGAUAUUUAUCAUCUAACGUAGAAGUAACAAAAAAAAGACAUAAACGAUAAACAAACGAAUAUGCCUAAUUGUAUAAAAAUUGUGUAUAGUUCGUAAACAUUUUAAGACGAGAACAGAGCGAGAGUACGAGGCAAAUUUAAGACUGUAUCACAAGGAAAUAGUAUGUUUACUUAUUUUAUUCUAGAAUCAGUAAAUAGACAAGCGUGCGAUGAAUUGUUAAUCCGAUAUAAGUAGUGAUGCAAUGUCUGUAUUCAGAAAUGUUAGAUGUAUUGUUAAAUUCGAGAUGUUUCUUGGAAAAAUAUGAUCUUUCGUUGAAAAAUCGAAUUUAGCGAUACGACCACACUAACUAAUUUUAAUUAACCCUUAGAGUGCUGAAUACUUGGAGUCUAUGCCAUCCGUACGGACGGCACGCUGCCAGCGCUGACGAUCGCUGUGGACUGAAUACUUUUUCGCUACACUGAACUUUGUUGA